CUAUCAGUGGGAGGAAAUAUCGCGCAGUCGUUUUUAUGUAAUCGGCGCAGAGGGUGUGUGAGGUGCCACAUCGUUGAUGAUGGAACUUAAAGAGCGCAAAAUGGGCAGUGUUGCGCUGUUUUUGCUCGUGCAGUUGUUGGUUUUUAUGUCGUGUUCUCCGCCACGGUGCCACCCAGGAUUUCCAGGGAUGUGCAGGCCGGUAGUGGAAGAAAAACCCAAAUGCACGGAUAUGUUUCUGUCCUACUGCAAUGACAUGCCUUACACUCAAACAAUGUUCCCGAACAUCCUCGGCCACAAGACCCGUGAGGAGGCUGAGGCCGGCGCCGAGUACCUUCUCAUCAGUGUGGUGGAGUCGCUGCUAGGCGGAGAGUGUAACCCGGAGAUCCGGAUGCUGGGUUGCUCGGUGCUGGCCCCACGUUGCGAGAACGGUCGCGUGCUGAAGCCCUGUCGUGCCGUCUGCGAGGUCACACAGAAGAGAUGCAGCCAUGCUUUUGAUGCAAUAGAGAUGGCGUGGCCCUACUUCCUAGAAUGCGAUCGGUUCUUCGUCGGUGAGGAGGAGGGCUGCUAUGACCCCCUGGAAGGGCUCAGAGGACAACACGAUCUAGAGGAGUUUAGCAGCAUAGAAGCUCUUCCACCUGAAGAUUCUUUUACCAAAAUUAAGUUCACCUACCAUUCCAACGCUCAGAUGAUCACCAUCCUGAAGAAAACAGAGGAGCGAUGCUCCGACAUUGCCAGAACGUACAGUAUUGGCCGCAGCAUGGAGGGAAGGGACCUGCUGGUGAUCGAGUUCUCUAACAACCCCGGUGGACAUGAGCUGCUGGAGCCGGACGUGAAGUACAUCGGCAACAUGCAUGGAGACGAAGUGAUGAGCCGCCAGCUGCUCAUCUUCUUGGUUCAGCACCUGUGCUCGGAGUAUCUUCUGGGAAGCGAGCGCAUCCAGACCCUCAUCAACACCACCCGCAUCCACAUUCUGCCCUCCAUGAACCCCGACGGCUAUGAACUGGCCGUUUCUGGACUCCAGGGCAGUAGCUACGAUGACGGCGAUGAGGGUCCAAGAUACGACACUCAGAACAUUGGGCGGAACAAUGCUCAGAACAUUGACUUGAACAGAAACUUUCCUGAUCUGACUUCCAUUGUUUUCAGCCGGCGUCGGCAGAAGGGCUAUCGCACCGACCACAUCCCAAUCCCAGACUAUUACUGGUUUGGUAAGGUUGCACCGGAGACUUACGCCGUCAUGAAAUGGAUUCGAUCUAUCCCGUUUGUGCUCUCUGCCAACUUCCAUAGCGGGGACUUUGUCGUGUCGUACCCCUAUGAUCUGUCCAAACACCCGCUGGAUCACAACCUGUUCUCGCCAACACCGGACGAUCAGGUAUUUAAGCUUCUAGCAAGAACAUAUGCAAACGCUCACGAGACGAUGACCAAUGAAAACGCGCAGUGUGGAACAUCUCGCUCCUAUAGUCGCAAAGGAACUGUGAAUGGGGCCGAGUGGUACAGCAUAAAAGGCGGAAUGCAGGACUUCAACUAUCUCCACACCAACUGCUUUGAGGUGACGGUGGAGCUCGGAUGCGACAAAUUCCCAGCUGAUGAGGAUCUGCUUAUCGGCUGGCACGAAAAUCAGGAGGCUUUAAUCACAUUUUUGGAAGCAGUCCAUCGAGGUAUCAAAGGAAUUGUAAAGGAUGAGGAGGGAAAUGGAAUUAAAGGAGCGCGCAUAUCAGUCAUAGGAAUAAGACACGACAUCACUACAGCUGAAAAUGGUGACUACUGGCGUCUCCUCAACCCCGGCAUCCACAUUGUGACAGCCACGGCUCCGGGUUACACCAAAGCUAUUAAGAAAGUCUACCUGCCUGCCCACAUGACCAAAGCGGGCCGAGUGGACUUUGUCCUGCAGAAAUCUUUGCUGGAGUCCAACCUGCAGGAGGAGGAAGAAACCGUCCCAUCUCUGGGCACCUACGAGCGCUUUGACCCUUACAAUCAGUACGAGCGCUACACCCUGAUGGCCGAUUUGAGCCCGAGCCGCGAGGAGCGCGCCGAGAAGCCCUGGUGGUGGAACUAUUUUAUCCAGUCAGGAGUUAGCGCCCCCUCCUGGUUGCUCAAACACUAUUAGUUUCCUCUGCAACCAUAUGGGAAAAAAAACACCAACAUCCUGAUUUUCAGUGAUGGCGCUCUACAGGAAAAGGAAAUUCAGAGCGUGAGUAAGCCACCAUUUUUACAUUCGGCGUCAAGCAGUGGUUCCUGAACUGUUUCUGUUGAAGCCCCGCCCUAUGACAAAUGGUAUCAUUUUAAACAAACCAUUAACAAUUUUAAUAAAAUAACCUCAGCAA